CCUACUUCCUGGACAUCCUACCGCCUAACCAUCAUUUCACUGUUCUCCGUGUCCUUCACCAUGUCGAAAUCGAACCAUGCCAGCCUGGGAUUUCCUGCCGAGGCAGCGACCCAAGAGUAUGCCGCAUCUCUCGAUGCCUCAGACAGCCUAGCAGCGUUCCGAGAGAAGUUCAUUAUCCCUUCGAAAGCGAAUAUUGCUUCGAAGAAGCUUGCAAAGCCUGGGCUUUCAACCGAACCUUGCAUCUACUUCUGUGGUAAUUCGCUUGGUAUCCAGCCCAAGGCUACAUCGAAGUACCUAGAGGCACAGCUGGACACAUGGUCAUCGAUCGGAGUGGGCGGUCACUUCACAAACCUGGAGGGCUCGCCGCUCAAGCAAUGGCAACUGCUCUCAGAGCAAGCAGCUGAGUCCAUGAGCAAGGUUGUAGGGGCAAAGCCCGAAGAGGUCGCGGCGAUGGGCACCUUGACGACGAAUAUCCACCUGUUGCUUGCUAGCUUCUAUAAGCCGACGGAAACGAAGCACAAGAUCCUUAUGGACUGGAAGGCAUUUCCUAGCGAUCAUUAUGCUAUCGAGUCACAUAUUUCCUGGCAUAAUCUGGAUCCAAAGGAGUCCAUGGUAUUGAUUGGUCCAGAGGAUGGCGAAUAUGAAAUUUCCACACAGAAGAUCUUCUCUUACAUUGACAAGCAUGCCGACGAUGCUGCUCUUAUCCUCCUUCCUGGUAUUCAAUAUUAUACUGGACAGCUGUUCGACAUUCAGAAGAUUACGAAAUACGCACACUCGCGCAACUUGGUAGUCGGAUGGGACCUGGCGCAUGCAUUCGCGAAUGUCGAUCUGAAACUGCAUGAUUGGAAUGUCGAUUUUGCGGCAUGGUGCACAUAUAAAUACGGCAACUCUGGACCAGGGGGCAUGGCAGGCCUGUUCGUGCAUGAGAAGCACGGCGAAGUCGACUACAGCGCAGGAGAAGAUGCUCCCAAGUUCCGGCAUCGUUUGACUGGAUGGUACGGCGGCGAUAGGUCGGUGAGGUUCAAGAUGGACAACAACUUCAAACCGAUCCCUGGUGCUGGAGGUUUUCAAAUUUCGAAUCCCUCCGCCAUCGAUCUUGCGUGUCUCUGCGCCGCCCUGUCCGUCUUCGAUGAAACAUCAAUGGCUGAUCUUCGCAAGAAAUCGGUAGCAUUGACAGCGUAUCUUGAAUAUCUUUUGCUUGAAGGUACCGAUGACGAGUCGAGACCAUUCCGCAUCAUCACACCAACAGACCCUGCGGCUAGAGGUGCCCAGCUUAGCCUGUUGCUCAAGCCUGGGUUGUUACAGAACGUUGCAAAGAGGUUGCAAGAAACUGGAGUCGUUUGCGACAAGCGGGAGCCAGGUGUGGUUCGUGUGGCACCAGUCCCCCUGUACAACAGCUUCAGUGAGGUGUGGACGUUUGUGAAAAUCUUCAAGGAGGCCUUGGGAGAAAGGUGAAGUUUUCGCUGAAUCAUUAUGUCAGUUGGCUUGGUCGGAGUUAGUUAGCGUUGUGUCGAUACCAGAGUUGCCAUAGACGAAUAUUAAGGAAUAAAUUCCCUCAUGUUGCAAUAUCUUCG